AUGGAGAAGCUCGGUUUCCCGGACCCAGCACACCCAUCGCCGGGUGCAGGGCUCACUGAUGGGGUUUCUGUUGCCAAGACAGCAAGGGCUGAGGGAGACGACGCGGCGGUGGCAGCCGUUAGCUCCAAACUUUUUCGGUGUGCGUGUGUGAGACGUUGGAUACCACUGGCCUACAGAGAGGAACUCUACCACGUCUUACGGCUCACAGGUCCACUGCUGCUGUCUCGGAUUCUGCACUUCCUCCAGCUAUUUGUUAUCAGCAUAUUCUGUGGUCACAUUGGCAAUGCGGAACUGGCUGGAUACGCUCUCGCCUCAGUGAUGAUUAACAUGACCACACUUGCAACAGGCUAUGGCCUCGCUCUGGCCUGUGACACACUCAUUUCUCAGACAUUUGGCAGUAAGAACAUGAAACGUGUGGGAGUAAUCCUCCAAAGGAGUUCAUUGAUCCUGCUGAUUUUUUGUCUGCCCUGUUGGGGUCUUCUCAUCAACACUCAAACCUUGCUGCUCAUCUUGCACCAAGAGUAUGAGGUGGCGAGAAUUGCCCAGCUCUACGCAAAUGCAUUUAUUCCAGCUGUUCCAGCCAUAUUCCUGCACCAGCUGCAAGUUGCCUACUUGCAAAACCAAGGGAUCAUUCUGCCUCAGCUGUACACUGCAGCAGUUGCAAACAUUUUUAAUUUGGGGGCCAACUACGUUUUAAUUUACAGCCUCGAGUUGGGAGUCAUUGGAUCAGCAAUAGCUAACAGCCUCUCUCAGAUCACUAUCUGCCUGCUGCUGUUUGGCUACAUCAGAUGGAAGAAGCUUCAUCUGCAGACAUGGGGAGGCUGGUCCACUGACUGUCUGCAGGAGUGGGGCUCCUAUAUGAAGCUGGCUAUUCCCAGUACAUUCAUGGUCUGCUUUGAAUGGUGGAUCUGGGAGAUUGGAGGUCUCCUUGCUGGUAUACUGGGAGAGGUGGAUCUGGCUGCCCAGCAUGUGAUGGUGGAAAUAACAUCCAUUACAUUUAUGUUCCCUCUAGGUGUCCAUGCAGCUGCCUGUGUGCGUGUUGGGAAUGCUCUGGGGGCCGGGAACAUGACCUUGGCCAUAGUCACCUGCAAAGUGGUGCUGGUUCUGUCAGGGGUGAUCGCUGUGUUCCAGGGUAUUGUCAUCGCUGGCUGUAAGUCCGUUGUUGGCUACAUAUUCACAUCUGAUGAAAACAUUGUGGAGAUUGUCUCAGAUAACCUCACAGUCUACACAUUUCUACAAUUCUUUGAUGCUAUUCUGUGCGUCAGCACAGGGAUCCUUAUUGGAGCUGGGAUGCAGAAAAUUGCUGCCUUGGCCAACCUGGUGUGUUACUACUGCAUCGGUCUGCCAGUGGGAACAGCUCUUAUGUUUGCUGCCAAGCUCAGAUUAUUAGGUUUUUGGCUCGGCAUCUUGACGUGUGUUUUCUGUGAGGCAGGUUUCUUCCUCUUUAUAAUCUUCAAACUCAACUGGAAGAAAGUCACACACAAGGCUCAACUGCGAGCUGGAAAGAAAGUGGUGGUGAUACCAAAGCGGCCUGGUAGUACAGUGCUUAGUGAGACGAUGGUGCCUGACAUCUCAGACUUCCCCGAUACAGCCCAGUUGGAUGGUGAAGAAGCUCUCAAAAUGGAGGGCUACAGUCCAGUCAACAGCCAGGACCAGGAGCUGAAAGUGGGUCACGAGGCUGAGGCCAACAACACAAAUACAGCUGAGGGGGAUGCCGAAAGGACCAAAAAGACUUCAAACACCAAAACUCCAGCGCUUCUUUCUGUCACUGAGCUGAUCUUGCGCCGGGGACUUGUCUUCUUGGUUUCAGUUCUCAUUUUAGUCAUAGGUGUCGCUUUUCACAUUGCUUUCCCUGUACAGGAGCCCUCCACUCAGAGCAGGGCCAACUUGACCCAGAACUGGACUAAUGACCCUACUCCUACACCACUGGCUCCACAGGACCUGACCCUAAAGCUCUGA